GAAGGCCCCCGCCAAACGCGGGGAGGCCCCCUGGUGCUCGGCGGGCGCACAUGGUAGCUCUCUCUCUCUCUCCUUCUACUCUGCUCUCUCUCUCUCCCUCUGUUCUCUCUCUCCCCCUCUGUCUGUACGCUCUCUCUCUCUCUCCUCCCUCUGUUCUCUCUCUCCCUCUCUCUCUCGCGCGAGGCACCCGCAAAACGCGGGGAGCCCGCUGCAGGGCGGGGGUUCGCUGCGGAGGCGACGGGUGGCGGGUUGAGGGUUCGCCUUUUAUUAGUUGUAUAGAUUAUUAAGUCGAGUCAAGAAUCAAGAUUGGACAGAUUAAAUGCUUUACCAAAUCACCACUACCAAAACUACCACUCAGCUGGGGGGAUAUUUUCCUUCGCGACGACGCGGUUUGUUGGAGCGCCUUUUCAACCUCUAUCCCCAGCUCACUCCAAAGAACUCUCAUACUGUCGUCGUCGUCGGCGCUAUCAUCCGACCGGCGAAUCGAUGGCAGAAGCGGCGGCGAUCAUCUCGGGAUUCAAAUGGUUGGCUCCUGUCGCGAUCAAGCUCCUCAAGAAGGGCUACACCUUCAUCGCGAUGGAUGUGGAUGAAAAGAUGCGGGAUCUGCAAAAUAUGGUCAUCCCCCAAAUGGAGAUGCUGAUUGAUGCCGCAGAAAAUCACCCGCAUAAAGACCAACUCCAUGGUUGGCUGCGGACCCUCGAGAAAGCAGUUUACGAAGCAGAGGACGUGCUGGACCUGCACGACUAUUACUUUCUCAAAAAAAAAGUGAAGAGUAGUGCAGGAGGAAUCAAGGUACGUCUUGAAUCUCUUCCUCCAAUCAAAUACUUAUCAAAAAAAAUUAGUAGAAAGCUGAAAAACAGCUUAAGUAGAAAGCUGAAAAACAGCUUGGUUAAGCUGGAGAAGACUGUUGUGAAAGCCAGAGAAUUUUGGCAAUCCUUGCCUGGAGGGAGUAGUAAUGUAAGGGGGUCCGAAACACGUCGGAGGGUCACCACCACCUCGCUGCCCCCGCACAAAGUGUUCGGCCGAGACAAGCAGCGUGAUCAUAUCGUUGACCUCCUGCAUAAGACGGCUGGGCUCGAACCUGAAUCUAGCUCUGUUAAAUGCUAUUCUGUCGUAGCCAUCGUUGGUCUAGGAGGAGCUGGGAAGACGACUCUUGCACAAUAUGUCUGUGAUUAUGAAAAAAAUCAAGAACCCAAGCAUUUCGAUGUCAUCAUGUGGGUUCAUGUAUCUGAGAGAUUGGAUGUCGAAAUGUUGAUAAAAAAAAUGGUGGAGUCGGCAUCUGGAGAGGAAUGCCCUGACCUUAAUAAUCUCGACACCCUUCAAAAAAAAUUGGAAGGUUCCCUAACAUCAAAAAUGUUUUUACUCGUAUUGGACGAUGUAUGGAGCAAGAAAGGGGCAGCCGAGCUGCAGUGGGAGCAGUUACUCGCUCCUUUAAAAAAGGGCAAUAGAGGAAGUAAGAUCUUAAUGACGACCCGUGAGAAGGGCAUAGCGGAUAGUUUAGGCGCUAGAGACAUUUUAGACCUAAAAGAACUAGAAAAAAGCGACUUCUUGUCCUUGUUCAGGUACUAUGCCUUUGGCGAUGCCAAAAUUGAUGAUAACAGCCUAUACAAAGAAUUAGAAGAGAUCGUGAGCCAAAACGAACCGAAGCUGCAUGGCUCUCCCUUAGCGGCGAGAAUGGUUGCUAGUCAGCUACGCAAAAGUACAUUUAAAAGGACGGAUGUGGAUGUUUGGAAGAGGACUUUAAGUGAUGACCUAUUGAAAGACACUAUGAAGUCUCUGUUGUGGAGUUAUCAAAACCUAGAAGCACAUUUGCAGAGGUGCUUCCUAUAUUGCAGUCUAUUUUUUAAGGGUCAGAAAAUCUCGCGCAAGAAGCUAAUUCACCUGUGGGUCGCCAAUGGCAUCAUCAAGACAGUGGAUGAGAGCAAGAGCUGCAAGACAAUUGAGGAUAUAGGCCAAGAUUACUUUGAUGAAUUGCUAUCCAGCUCUUUCUUUCAACCGACAGAGGACGAUGAUCUCUACAUUGUCCAUGAUCUAUUGCAUGAUCUAGCAGAGAUGGUUUCUAAAGGUCAAUUUCUUAGAGUUGAUGGAAAUUUGACAGAGGCAGUAGGACCUCUUACUCAAGAGAUUCGUCAUCUUUCCCUCCGCAUCGAUACACUGCAUCAUAUCGUUGAGAAGAUAUGCAAUUUCAAAAAUCUACGCACCUUGAUAAUCUUUAAGAUGACUGAUGAUGAUUAUUUCAUUGAUGAUCUUCUCCACAACAUAUUUGUCAAACUGACAAAACUAAGGGUGGUGGAUCUUGGCGAAUUCCAAUUAAGAAAACUACCGGAAUCAAUUGGGGGCUUGAAGCAUCUGCGCCACCUUGAUCUUCAUAAGUCAUCAUUUGAAAUUUUGCCAGAAUCAAUUUAUACACUCUACCAUUUAGAGUUUCUGCAUAUAUCUAAAUGUACAUUUGUAGCAAAAGGACUAGCCAACUGGAUUAAUUUGCACCAUUUAUAUGUCUCUGCAAUGAUUUUGAAUGUAGCUGGGAUUGGGAGCUCGAAACAACUGGAGAACCUAAGACAGUUUCAGGGGGACUCGAUACAUAUUAAUGGUCUUGAGAAUGUUAAAGAAAAGGGGGAGGCCCCUGUGGAGAUAAAAGGUAUUGGGCAACUUUGUUUAGAAUGGAGUACCACCGAUAACAUUAGCAGAUCGUCAGACAUGGAUGCACAAGUACUCGAGGGUCUUCGUCCGCCUCCUGAUCUUCAUUUCCUCAAAAUCAAGGGCUAUCAGAGUUGCGUAUUGCCAAGUUGGAUGGUACGAGACCCACACCUCUUACACAAUCUUAUAUCUCUUAAGCUUGUCGAAUGUCGACAGCUAAAGCAACUCCCGAUCCUUUCCCGAACCCUGAAAAUCCUCGUGCUUUCUGCUUGCUCCUCCCUUCCAAUUGUCUCCAAAGAGGAUUUAGCAAUUAUUAGGUCCACACAAGAUGUAAGAAUUUCCCAAGUAGUGACUUUUAUGGAGGGCUUGGUUGCUACAUACGGAUCCCAUAUUGUAUCGGAAAUACGUUGGGAUUUACGGCGUGGGUAUGAUAAACAGAAAUUGCGCAAUUGGCUAGAAAAGACCAUGGACAUUGCCCACCAAAACCUGCGGGAGAAGGCGGAGGCGCAGCAAGUCCUGCUCCCUUCUCUUGGAUUUCUUGAUAUCCGCUCAUGCCCACUCACCAACAGCACAUUGCGGGAAGGUUUGCGAGGUCUGACUACUCUAAGAUCCCUGAAACUUUGUAAUAUUGUUUCACUUACAUCCCUUCCCUCGGCGGAUGUGUUGGGAUGUCUGACGGUGCUCAAAACGCUACAUGUCGAACAAUGCUGGUUCCUAACCUCGCUAGGGGGUUUGCAAGCCCUCAUCUCAUUGCAGAUUCUCUCCAUAUCCUUUUGUCCCAACCUAUCUGCAGAAGGUGGCAGCACCUCUAUCCUGCCCUCGUCUCUAAUGUGGCUCGUGAUCGAGGCAUGUCAUUGGAAGCAAUAUUUGGAUGAUUCGCAGCCUGGUCCGACUUCCUCAAUCAAUUCAGAGAGCUCAGACGUUCCAUUCGCGGCAUCCCUUCAGCUGGGUCGUCUGAAAUCACUCCAAAGUUUGAGCAUCACCAACUGUCCAAAUAUUGGUUCGUUGCUCGGUCUGCAAGAGUUGAAUCACCUUCAAAGUCUCACUUUGGUGGGAUGUCCGAAACUCGCCCAUGCAGAAACCAAGCUAGGGAAUCUCUUCGGAAGACGUUUCCACACUGAUGCUCCCUCGCUGCUCGCAGAAGAAGCCCUUGCCUCUCUCCAGCACUUGCGUAUUGCGGAGUUCAAAGAAGAAUCAUUCAGGUCGGAGGAAGAGCAAGUGUUUCAGCACCUCUUCUCGCUCCAUGAGCUAAGCUUCGAGCAUUGCAGCAUCAAGUCCUUGCCUAACAUAUCAUUCCUUAAAAAGCUGAGUAUUUCCGACUGCCCAAAUAUCACGUCAUUGCCGGAUCUGCCGGAAUCACUCCGGUAUUUGAGCAUCACCAACUGUCCAAAUAUUGGUUUGUUGCUCGGUCUGCAAGAGUUGAAUGACCUUAGAUAUCUAACUUUGAUGGGAUGUCCGAAACUCGCCCAUGCAGAAACCAAGUUAGGGAGUCCUGUUUUACGUUCUUUCCACACUGAUGCUCCCUCGCUGCUCCAUGUGCUGCUCACAGGAGAAGCCCUCGCCUCUCUCCCGCACUUGGGGAUUCACAAGUUCAAAAAAGAAUCAUUCAGCUCGGAUGAAGAGCAAGUGUUUCGCCACCUCACCUCAUUCAAUUGCCUAAGCUUCCGCAGUUGCAGCAUCAAGUCCUUGCCUAACAACUUGAAAAGCCUAUCAUCCCUUAGAAGUCUGAGUAUUAUCGACUGCCCAAAUAUCACGUCAUUGCCGGAUCUGCCGAGAUCACUUUCAGAGCUCAACUUGCAACUUUGCAAUCCGGUGUUGAAGAGGCGAUGCCACAAGCCUCAUGGCCAAGAUUGGUGUAAAAUAUCGCACAUCCCUACUGUAUUCCGUGGGAGAGGCGGCAUUUAGUGUUGGCUUGCUUUGCCAAAAUUCGGAGGUAUGCUUUCCUUGGCUUGUGGAAAGCUGGUGUUGUACGCAGUGGUUAUCGAUCCUGUUUUAAUUAUUAGCUGAUUUGUUUGCUUUUGCUCAGAGAAUAAGAUUUCCAGAUGUGGUGAGAGAGUCCAGGGCUGUUAGUUUUACUAUACUUAGCAUCAAGUCAUCGACUAUCAAGUAUGGAAUCCAAAUGGUCUUCGAAUUGAUCAGAAGAUCCUUUCAAUUGGCUAUGAUCUGCGACUUGGAAUAAAAGAGAGAAGCAUGUAUCUGCUGCUAAGUUAUACAAAUCUCAACAGCUGUUUAUGUUUGAUUUGUUUAUAAUCUGAUUCUGCUCUGCUGCAGGAGAUCACAAAAAGCAUAAUGAUGGCUCCAUCAUAAGAUAUCUAUCAUCUUGUGUUAAUUCUUCUUCUUCUUCUUCUUUUUUUUACUCCUUUCUUUUGUUGUGAAAAUAAUCCGGCAGCGGUUGAAAACUUGUAAAAAAUUUCCAAUCAACUGCACUAGAAAAUUAGCUGCAAGAAUGUCAUCAGUUUGGGUUAUUUAUUCGGUAUUGUUCAUUGACAGCGUCUGUAUCUGUAUAUUGUAAUGUGAUGAUAUUUAUCUAUAUAUAUAUAUAUAGUUGAACUGUGAGUUGGAUA